AACGAAGCGUAAAAAUGUAAACAAAUCGUGUUUGAUUACGUGUAUUAGUGUACAAUUUGAACUUAUAAGAAGUUCCAAUUGCGCAAACAUAUCAGAUCUUCAACAGUUGCAAACUAAACUGUUUUGAUCGCUAAUAAAAAUCUACUUUUAUUUAAAAUGGCCGACACGGACAGUUCCAGACAGAGCGAGGAAAUCGAAGCGCUGUCAUCAAUAUAUGGCGACGAUUUCCUAAUGGUAGAUUCAACAGAAAAGCUUUUUGAUGUACGCAUUCGUCACGAGGAAAACCCUUGGUGGUCGUUAACGAUACAGGUGUUAUUACCGCAGAAUUAUCCGAGUUCUGGGCCACCGGUUUUUGAAAUACAUGGCACAUGGCUAGGCGAUCAUGAUGAAUUCGAGCUACGGGAUAAAUUGUACGCGAUAUAUCAGGAAAAUAAAGACGAAUGUGUUGUGUUUCAGUGGGUCGAAGCCGUGCGUGAGUUUAUGAACGAGAAAUCGGUUUUAUAUGCUGAAAUCGAGGAAUUAAAUAGAGGUAGUUAAUAUUGUUAAUAAUUAAUAUAUAGUUAAUUGUUACAAUCAGUAUAUUAAUUAGAGAUUCCAAACCCUGGCUUGUAUCUGAACUACCUGAAGGUUAGAAAAUUCUGAAUAUUGGAAUCCCUGGGCCGUAGGUUCGAUUCCAUAUAAAAUUUAUACUAUAAAUUUUUUUCAGGUAGUUCAUGCCCAAAAUACAGUACAAAACAAAAACAUAUUGAAUUUAUAUUCCAUGCACAAAUCAUAAACAAUUCAUCCUGUACUUUGAACUUAUGUGUUUGUCCUUGCUGAUCAUGCGAGUGUGCAUGGUCCGAUCAUGCAUGCCAUUUCACAAGUUCUGUCAAAAAACCUUCUAUUCCAUCAGACGCUAAAUUCAGAUCAUGUGGACGAAGCCAAUAUACUUCCACAAAGGUCUUUAUGUGAUAUGUGAUCAGCCAAAUUGCAUCAUCUUCGCCUAAAAGAAUUUACUGUUCUUUUGAGAGUAGAACCAAUGAGUUCAGUUCCUUCCAAACAUUUUUUACAAAUGCCUUGAAACUUAAAAUUCGCCUAUGCAAAAUGUGUUUUAACUUUUCAUUAUUUGACAGAAGUGGACAGUCAAGUCGCAGAUGAUCAGCCAGUCUCUCCAACAUUUGACCAAAUUGCUACCCACAAUGUUGCCAAUGUAACAAAUUGGCAAACAGACAAGGACCAACCAGAAAUCCUGCAUGGGGAACCGAUCACGGACCGGAAGAGCACGUUCCAAGCACAUCUCAUUAAAGUAACGUCGGAACAGGAUGUUCAAGAUGCAUUGCAUGAACUGAAGGAGACGCGUAAAAUUGCAAAUGCUACGCACAAUAUUUCUGCGUACAGAAUAACAAAACAAAACUCACAAGUCAUGAUACAGGAUUGCGAUGAUGAUGGUGAACACAAUGCUGGCUCGAGACUUUUACAUUUGUUGCAAAUUUUAAAAGUUCAGAAUUGCUUAAUUGUUGUGUCAAGAUGGUACGGAGGCAUUCUCCUGGGACCAGACAGGUUUAAACAUAUUAAUAAUUGUGCAAGGAACUUGCUUAAAGCUGCCAACUUGAUUCAAGACGGCAGCACAAAACACGAGACAAGUCACAAAGACAGUAGGCUUAAAACACACAAGAAAAAUAAACAUUGA